UGAAAGGCAGAUUUAUAGAGAGGCAGAGGUGUGGAGGGGGUGUCUUCCAUCCACUGGUUCACUCAAAUGGUGGCAACAGCCGGAGCCUUGCCGAUCUGAAACCUGGAGCCAGGUCUCCCACACGGGUGCAGGGACUAAGGACUUGGGCCAUCUUCCACUGCUUUCCCAGGCCACAGCAGAGAGCUGGAUCUGAAGAGGAACAGCUGGGACUAGAACUGGCACCCAUAUGGGAUGCUGGUGCUUCAGGCCAGGGGUUUAACCCAUUGCGCCACAGCAUUGGUACCUGACUUGGGCCAUCUUCCACUGCUUUCCCAGGCCAUAGCAGAGAGCUGGAUCGGAAGUGGAGCAGCCAGAUCUCAAACCGGCGCCCAUAUGGGAUGCCAGCACUGCAGGUGGCAGCUUUUACCUGCUACGGUACAUCGCUGGCCCCAAUAAUUUUUUUAAUAUAAUUUGAAAUGAAUUUUUCUUGUUUUUUGUAGAAGUUGUAUUCCCUGUUUAUGUCAUUAUCCUCUUUUUAAUUUACAUUUUGGUGGGAAAAAGUUGAAAAAUCAGCUAACAUCAUAUCCAUUUAAUGGGAAACAGAAAAAAAGUUCGGAUGUAGAGGGAAUUAAAUGUUCUGUUUUUAUUACAGUGUGAUUUGCAUAUAAGGAAGUUCACCCUUUUACGUGUGUAUCCAGUUGUGUGGGUCUUGACAACACACACCGUUGUGUAACUGCCACCUCAGUGAAGACAGACACUUCCAUGACCUCAGCAGCGUCUCUCUGGCCAGCCCCCGCCCUUCACACCCUCGCGUCUGUUGUCUCCUCUCCCUGUAAUGUUGUCUUUUCCAGAAUGUCACGUGACUGUAUUCAAACAGGAGGAGCCUCUGAGUCUGCCUCUGCCAUUUGGCACAGUGGACUUAAGGCGUACCUGUAUUGCUGUGGAUCUCAUUGUUCUUCACUUCUUACGACUAAGGACUGGGGCAGAUUUUCUCUCACAGCUUAGGUUAUGUCUCCAUGCUCCCCUGGCCUGUAGCAUUUCUGCUCCUGGCUUCUGGUUUUGACCCUGGCCAGCCCAGCUAUUGUAAUCAUUUGAGGGAGUUAACCAAUGAAUAAGUGGCUUCUGUGUCUCUGAGAGAAAGAACAGGGAGGGAGGAAUUUUGGAACAAAAAAAGUCAAUGAAAUAAAAAAAAAAAUACAGUGGAGAACCUUAACAGGAGAGUUGAUCAGGCAGAACAAAGAAUUUCUGAUCUUGAAGAUAGGUCUUUCGAAAUGACUAAAAUUAAAAAAAAAAAAAAAAAACUUUUGGGAGAAAGAUCUAUUUAUUUGAAAGACAGAAGGCAGAGUUAGAGAGAAUCUUCCAUCUACUGGUUUACUCCCCAAAUGGCUGCAGUGGCUGGAGUUGUGCCAUUCCAAAGCCAGGAGCCUGGAGCUUCCUCUGAGUCUUCCCACACGGGUGCAGGGACCUAAGGACUUGGGCUAUCCUCUGCUUUCCCAGGCUAUGGCAGAGAUCUGGAUUGGAAGUGGAGUAUCCAGGACUUGAACUGGUGCCUAUAUGGGAUGCCAGCACUGCAGGCAGUGGCUUUACCCACUACGCCACAGCACUUGUCCCAAGCAUUGUCUUAAUCAGUGUGCCAAAGCCAGCCUCCAUGAUUUUUGAUUAGUUUCUUUUUAUAAGCUGUCUCUGCUGAAUUUCCUAAGUUGAAUAUCAUGAAUUGUCUUUGUUGGUUGUUUAUAUUUCCUUAUAUUUAUUUAAAUUUCCUUUGAAAUAUUCUUUUGAGUUGUUUAUCAUGUGAUUUAUCAAUUUCUUGUUCUUUGGGAUCUGUUGCUGGAGUUGUGUUCCAUGGGAGGCAUCGUGUUACCUUGCUUUCUUCGUGCUGCUUGCGUCCCUAUGUUGUAACUUGUACAUCUGCUGGGUCCGUUACCUCCACCAGUCUAACAGGAUGGCUUUCACAUUAGAAGACUUUCUGCUGGCAGUGUGACCUGGGGUGUUGGCUGGCUAUGUUAUGCUGGCUUUGGUUCAAGGUGGGCACUGCAGUUUGGUGUCCACGAAGUUUCUUCAGCCGUAAUCAGUAUGAGCAAUGUACGUGGAUCUCUCAGGGGCCUUCACUGCAGGGAUACUGAGAUUGCGUAACCAGGGGGCAUGCAGCUCCGUUAGGCCAGGCUAGUUUGCUAGCAACUCUGAGAACAAUGCGCUCAGCCACCUGGGUGGGCACCCAUCAGUUUCUGCAGGUUGUGUGAGGACAGGGCCACCCCGGUGGUCCCAGGGGCAUGAGGCACCGUGUGCAUGAUAGUGGGAUGAGGUGAUUCUCAGUGUCUGGAGGCACAGGGGCAGUGUCCGAUAGCUGCACAGGUGAGCUCACAGCGCCUUGAGGGUGAGCCUGUACAGAGAGUUCUGCCCAGCCACUUCUCAGGUCCUUACUGGGCAGAGCUUCUGGGAGUGGGCUGCUCAGCUGCUGCUUAGGACCACAGAGGAUUGGCGAGGCCACCCAGUUCCUUCCUGGGGUUUGGGUGGGCAGGGCUACUUGGUCUGCUUCCCUGGGCCUGUGUGCACCAAGCAUCUCAAGGCAAGCUGUUCAGAUAUGUUGCAGGGCUGCCUGGCUACUUCCCGGGGCAGCAAGAGAGUGGCCACCUGACUGGACUUUUCCUGCUGAGCUGCUCCGAGUAGGCCACCCAGAUGCUUACUGGGAGUGUGGGCAGGUAGAUAGGACCUUCUGGAUGGUUUGCAGGCUUUGGUUGGUGGAGCUGCUGAAGGCAACUGCCCAGCUGCCUCACCAGAUUCCCCUGUGGGCAAGGUCUCAAGAAAUGCUGUGUGCUUAGUUCCCUACUUCAAAAGGCCAUCGUGGGGCUGAUGCUGUGGCAUAGUGGGUAGGGCACCGCCUGCAGAGGCGGCAUCCCAUAUGGUUGCUUGUUUUUGAGUCCCGGCUGCUCCACUUCUGAUCCAACUCUCUGCUAUGGCCUGGGAAAGCAGUGGAGGAUGGCCCAAGUGCUUGGUCCGCUCACCCACUUGUGAGACCUCGAAGAAACUCCUGGCUCCUGGCUUCGAGUUGGCGCAGCUCUGGCUGUUGCAGCCAUUUAGGGAGUGAACCAGUGAAUGGUUCACUCACUCUCUGCCUCUGUCCCUCUGUAACUCUGCCUUUCAAAUGAAUAAAUCUUUUUUUGGACAGGCAGAGUUAGUGUGAGAGAGAGACAGAGAGAAAGGUCUUCUUUCUGUUGGUUCACCCCCAAAAUGGCCGCUACGGCUGACGCACUGCGCUGAUCCAAAGCCAGGAGCCAGAUGCUUCCCCUGGUCUCCCAUGCGGUGCAGGGCCCAAGCACUUGGGCCAUCCUCCACUGCCUUCCUGGGCCACAGCAGAGAGCUGGACUGGAAGAGGAGCAACCAGGACCGAACCGGUACCCCAACUGGGGCUAGAACCCGGGGUGCUGGCGCUGCAGGUGGAGGAUUAGCCUAGUGAGCCGCGGCGUCAGCCAAUAAAUCUUUAAAAAUUAAAAAAAGAGGCAUCAUCAUGUAUCUCCAUGCUCUGCAUCAGGAGCCCCUUCCCCUGUGCCUGAAACACUCUGGGGAAAUACCUGUUGUUUUGGUCCCUUGUGGAAGGAAGCCUGCCAGGCAACUCAGGGAAGCCAUCUUACUGGCGUUACCCCCUAUCGGUUCAGUAAUAACUAUCUUAUAUAUCUAUGAGCAGUGUAUCUAGUUGAGGAGUUGAACAUCUUUUUAUUACUAACUCAUUUUCAGUGUAAAAAGCUAGCCAUUCAGUGGUCAGUAUAAAUCUGGACAGUGAUGAAAGCUUGUGGGAAUGUCUUUAGCUAUCCUGCUACCUGUGGGCAGCCCUUGUGAAUCUGCAUGAUUGAGUUUCCUUUUGUAAGACAUCACAGUAUUGCUACCCAGUACACAUCUUCCUGGGUAGCAUGGAGGAUAAAUCAAAACAAAACCAAAGUUUUCUGAUGUUAUUUAUAAUUAUUUUUUAAAAAAGCAGCUUGAUUAAGAUAAUUUACAUAUUAUCAGGUUCGCCUAUUUAAAGUAUGCAAUCAGUGGCUUUUUUAUAUACUUACACCUUGUGUAACCAUCUCCAUAAUUUGGUUUUUGUCACUCCUCUGAAAACCCUGUAUCCCAGUGGCAGGGCUUCCUCAUUCCUCAUAUUUGAACCACGGAUCUACUUUACCACCAUAGCUUUGUCUAUAAUGGACAUUUUAUGUGACUGGGACCUUAAACAGAGUGGGGUCUUUUGUGACUGGCUUCAUUCACUUGGUAUAAGGAUUUUAAGGUUUCAUCUCUGAUAAAACACGUAUCAGUACUCCUUUCUUUUUGUGGCUGACUAACAUUUCAAUUUAUCCAUUUAGCAAUUGAUGGACUUUUGGAUUGUUUGCACUUAUUGGCUAUUAUACUAUUAUCCAAAUAUUUAUGUACAUAUUUUUAUGUAAGUUUUAGCAGCAGUUUUCAGUUCCAUUGGAUGGAAUUGCUGAGUUAUAUGCUAACUCUAUGUUGAGCAUUUUGAGGAAUUGUCAUCUGUUUUCCAAGGUGGUUACACCAUUUUGCAUUCUCACUAACUAUUUAGGAGGGCUUUAUUUUCUCUACAUCCUCUGAAAUACUUAUUUUCUGGCUUUUUUUUUUUUCUUAGAAUGAUUGUAACCAUUCUAAUGGUUGUGAAGUAGUAUCUCAUUGUGGUUUCAAUUUGUGUUUCUCUAAUGACUAAUGGUGUGCUUAUUGGUUAUUUAUAUGUCUUUGGAAGAAUGUCUAAUGUUGCUGUAGAUUCCUUCUGAGAGGAGGAGCUUGAAGAGGGCAAGAGGCGCAGAGUCACCACACAGACCCUGGGAGCCCAGUAAAAGUGGGCUAGAGGCGAGCAGCUCGCAGACUCGUUUAUUUCAGUGGUACAGCAGCUUAGGCAGCCAAUCUGGUCAAGGGGCUGUCUAUGCCCUAACCAAUCACAGCCUGUUGCCAGGCAGGCUCUGUUGUCAUGUGGUUUCCGAAGCCAUCCAAUCACAGCCUGUUGCCAGGCAGGCUCCAUUACCAGCAGCCAUCUUGGCAUGGCCUUCUCAUUCUACCACGUUUCCCCUCUUUCAUUUAUUUUUGAACAAUGGGAGGCAUGAAUCUUGGCCAUACCAUUGUUGACCCCGUUUCCAUAUGUUUUCCAUAUGUGGCUGUACCUGUCUUAGGUUGUCUCCCAGGGUAUCUUACCCAUCAUUGACCAGCCCUCAAAACGGGAGACCACAGGAGUACUUGCUCAGAUGGAGAGCGAAGUGUGCAGAUUAUAAAUGAAAGCGUGGUAGAACCCCCUGCAGAAGUACAAGGUAUGAAGGUCAAUGGGACUGAGACGGACAGUAGUGAAGGCCACGAGAACGGCAAUGUGAGUAAAGGUGUCUCAGCUGGGCACAGCAAAGACCCAGACGUAGACAGAACCAUGGCCAGUGGUGAGGUUUCAGAAACCAGCACGUUAAUUUCCCUAAAGCCUUUAAAUUUUAUGGACCCUGGAUUAACAGAAGCAACUCCUAAGGAAAAAGCAUGUGAAGAAUUAAAAACUUGUCCUUCUUGGUUGUCAUUAUUACCAGGAAACAGUGCCAUUUCCAAAGUGGACAAUGGGAAGGAGGAGUUGUGUAAGUCAAACCCCGUCUGUGAAGCAGACGACAGUCAGCAACAGACACUUGGCCACCAUAAGGAAAAACACAGUUCUGCACAUGGUGAUCCCGCAGCCAUGAGAAACCCAGGCGCUGCGGAGUCCUCGGGAGAAAAUUCAAAAGUUCCGUGUUGCACAUCGAGUCUGACGAGUCCGGGAUCCAGAAUAACAUCCUUAGAAAAAGGUGGUUUUGAAAAUGAUGGUUUGCUGAAGGGAUCUGCUGAAAAGACAGACAAUUCCUAUUUUGGUGAGGAUGAUCAAAGUAAGAACUUGGCUUCUAGCAAAGAAAAUGGAGCACAGCUUUUGAGUCCUGUUAGUGAACGAGGGGAACUCUCCAUUAUUAACGGCAGGCAGCCAGUCAGGGAUGCCAGUGGUUAUUGUUCUGGUGAGAAAGAAACUGUUGAUUCUCCAAAAGAAAAUAUCCACAGUAACCACUGCGUGCAAGGCAGUCUCCAUGCAGAGAGCCCUGCGUCCUCGGUGCCCAGUUCUUCUCCUGAAGCCGUGGAAAUAGUGUUCAAAAACAAUGAUUUGAAAGUCACUUCAGAUACUCAAGGUAAUAAACAAAACAGUUUUUCCUCCUUGGUGCAGAUUGAGGAGCCGAAACGGACAACCACUAUAGAACCUGGUAUGUUACAUGAAAAGAUUUGUAGUGAAGACUCCGACUCCUCAGUUAGCAUCCAGAGAAAUCUGGACGGUGACACUCAGUUAAAUGAAGUAUCAUGUCAUGGUUUUCUGCCUGAAAGAAAAUCCCUUCUGAGUUUAAGGCCAGAAGAUCAGAUAAGUUCUAUGCCUAAUGAUGGAUCCAAACCCCAGGAAGGUACUACUCAGUUACAAACAUCUCCAGAUUUUGAUUACAGAGCUGAGUCAGAAAAAGGUAUACAGACCUCACAGGGUGAUAUUCCGUGUUCAGAUGAACAGAGCAUUACCUGUGAGAUGAAUAAACUUUCUUAUACCAAUGAACUCGUUGUAAACAAACUCGAAAACGAAUGUGUUUUUAAUCAAGUGCCCCUUAAUUCUCAAGACCAUACAAAGUUGCCAACAGAUUCUGUACUAAGUAGAAACAAAGAGAUGCCUUUCCCAGCAAGUGAGGGUGUCCAACAGAGCCAUCAGCCUCCUUCAGAGGACGGAGCAGAUGUCAUUGCUGGUACUCAGACCAUUCCCAUUGAGACAAAAGCAAAAGACCACUCUCCACCAGGUCACAAGACCUGUGGUGCCACCUCAAACAGUCCAACCUUAAACAUCAAACCAGGAAGCCUUGAAGGAGAGAGAGAAACGGCUGAUUCAGGAACUGAAGAUCUACAUUCCCGUCUUCUGUCAGAUAAGAAAGAAGCAGCUGGUUCACCUCAAGAGGUCAUAGAAUGCACGAAUGUUCCAUCUCAGCGUACCUCCAGCUGUCAUUGUGUGAGAAAAAGUGUACCAGAGGAGAACACGUGUUCCACCUGUGCUGCCUUUGUGUCUGGCAGAACCACUGUGGACAUCAAUAACUUUGCAGCCUCAAGACCUGAAAAUGAGCACUGUGUUCUGUGCUCCCAGAGAAGGGAAGACUUUGUGGAAAGUAGUGCCUGUAAAGUGAUGUGUACAUCAGAGGAAAGUGAACUUGAUGAGGCGGAAACUAAAGACAGCCUUCUAGGAGAUAAGUUCAGAAACAAAACGGCAGCAGGGAUGUUAAACAACGGAUCUUCAGCCAAAGCCACCGCUUGCAUCAAGUCCAGUGGGGAAGGGGUAGAAAGAAAGGAACGAGAUCUACCCGGAGAGACUGCGUUUUGUAAAUAUAACAUCUCUGAUUGUGCUGCACAGGGACUAAACCAAUCUGCAAACAUUCCAAGUCCUGAGAAAUUGUUGGAGCAGGCUCCUACUGUUACGUUCUCCAGUUUUAAAAACAUGAACCGAGCAGUUGAAACUGUCCAUCGUAAGGCAGAGGACGUCCUUGACUGGCAGAGUAAACAAAACAGACCAGGUGGAUGCAGAUGUGAAGAUAGGCCAGCUGAGGAGGCACUGGAGAGGGAAGGGAUAGAGACCCUCACAGGGCCUCACAGAGAAGGAAGUCACAACCCACAGGAUCAGCUAAUCACUUCAGGCAGUAGUAACCCUCUGUCUAGUGGUCCAAAGAAAGGCAACGCAGAAGCAGCCAUUGGAAGUGUUUCUGGUUGUGAAGAGUCCACACACGGAAUAGUAGAUGCUGUCUGUGCAGCCUGUAGUAAUGAGCCUGCAGAAGGCAUGCUGGGUGUAGAAGUAUCUGGCACGCUUGGUAGUGCCGUAAGGCAAGGUAGAGUGACAUUCCAAGAAACCUUAAGGAGUACCUUGUCUCAGAGAGAUAUCGCAUUUACAGCAACAACUGACCAGGACUCAGCCUUCCCAAAUGCUACUGCUUCUGUAGUAGAAUCUCUUGAAAUAAAAAAAUCAUGUGAAGAGAAAGUUUGCCAAUGUUUAAAAGACUGUGAAAAAGAAAAAUGUCCAGACUCUUGUGCCCAUAAGAUGCAUAAGAAGGAGUCUUUUGCAGAUCAUGAACCAAAUAUAAGAAUAUUGGACAGAGUAAAGCUGUCUUUAAAUGAUGUUUGUCCUGAACAGCAAAGUAAAGGAGCAUUUCUGAAAGAAACGCAAAGAAUGACUGAGGGCGCAAAAGCAGAAAUAAAUGUUCUCCUUGGCAAGGAAAAUACCUCUAAGAUUUCCUCAAAAGAGUUGUCUUCUAGAGGCCAAGAUGAGAACUCUGUUUCCUUCGGGAGACUGGAAUCCACUGAGAUAAUGUCUUUGUGUCCAUCUGCUCAAGAAAAAUCAGGAAAAAAUAUUAAAAGUGAAGAAACUGCCCUGAAAAACAUUCUUAAGCCAAAAGAUGAUGAAACGCUUUGUGAAAAUCUAAAGGGCUGCUCAGUAGUUCUGCAUGAGAAAGGGGAAUGCAUACCCAGGGACGCAAGUAAUUGUAGUGAGGGAGACAGCAUGUACAUCAGUGUGAAGAAGAAUGCUGGCACAGAGUGUCAUAGACAUUUGCCUUUGGCAGUGGAAACAGAAGCUACCAGAGAACCUGAAGAGUCUCAGAGUGGACGAGUGGGGCCCGGAACCAUUGGGGAGGCAUCUGAUGUGAGUACCAGAGAGCCUGGUGGUGCUGUUGGCGGUGGUGGUGAUGACACGAGUGAGAUUUCCCAGGCCUUUACGUGCCCAAGGAGGCCCAGUGAAGCUGGAAAACAGCAAAGCGAGGCAACGUGCUGCGUGCAGAAGAAGGAAGAGGAACAGACCCAUCCGAAAGGAGCGCUGGAGCGACGCACAGCAUCUGAUGUGUUUUCAGACGCGGCACAAACUAAGAACCAGCCCAAAGCUGGCCAAGAUGAGUCUGCCAAGACGAAAGAAAUCACCGUAGCAAAGCCAGCCAAGGAGGACCCAAAGGAGGAAAGCUUCCGCCAUCCGUUAAAGGACGCUGCCUUGUACACGGGCCCUUGCCUCCCUGGUGACCCCCAGAAAGUGCAGGAUCCCUCCUCUGCUGGGUGUGAUCCGAUCUGUGGUGCCUUUGGGAACACUUCCCAUCAGAAAGGAGUGCUUCCUGUAAAGAAGCAGCCCCACCGAAGGUGUAAGAGAGUUUCCUGUCAGGAGCAAGUCAGUGUGGGGAGAAGAAUGAGUAGAGCGAGCUGCUCUGCCUUUGUAAAGGGUCCCUCUGCGCCCAUCCCCACAAAAGCCUACAGGCUUCUCAGUUCACGGGUUGUCUCUGUGCCCACACGGUCAGAGCCUGAAACCCUGCCUACCAGGAGCUCCAUCAGCCACAUACCAAAGCAGAGGGCUACUCCGUGCCAUCUCCUGAGGAGCCUGAAUUUUAGGAAGCCUACCAAAGAAUCAGCCUUACUAAACAAGCUGUCUGUCCUUGCCUCCAAACUCGCCCCGGCCACAAAGACCCAGAAACUUACUCGAUAUCGGCGGUGUUCCUCUGAACUUGUUCCAGCGGCUAAAAGCUUCAAGCGGCUCAGAUAUAAACGGCUCCUCGAUGGGUUUUCAUACAGUACAAUGCUGCUGAACCCACAUCUGGCAGCUAGCGCAUGGGAUAAAAGGCCCGACAGUAAGCCCCUGGCACUUUAUUCUCUUGAAGGCAUCAAGAUGAGCUUCAUCGACCUGAGCAACAGGAUGCCAUCACUGCUGUUUGGUUCCAGAAUCUUCCCAGUGUCCUUCCCUGUGAAGUCGGGCUCAGAUGGCGCGACUGAGUCCUCGAGGACUUUCCCUGAGCACUGUGCUCCCGCGAGGCUCGCCUUAGGAAAGGCUGCCCAGUGUGCGUCUCAACCUCCCAAGUGGACCUUCUCUUUCUUCCUGUCCCAUGGCUGCCCUGGGAUGGCCGCAUUCAGGGAAGACACUGGCCUCCACACUCAGGCCCACACUCAGGCCCCUCCACCGCGGCCAUCUCCUCUGCCAGACUGCGGGGACACUGCCGUGGUCCAGCCCAGAGCAGACUGCUCUGUCCUUGGCCUUCACACGCUUCUCGCACUUUGUUCACCAGGAUGUUAUCGAAUCUGGACAAAAAAACGGAGCUUCUCCAGCCACAUGCCUACUGUGCAGAGGCUUUUCCUGACCCAGUUUACACAGGGCUUAAAGGGGUUGAGGUCUCCAGCCUCCAUAGCAGACAAGAUCUUUUGUUCUCUGCCCUACUCGGUGGGCAGAGUGCUGUCCAUUUGGAGCCAGCAUGGACCUUCUGCCUGCUCCUUUGAAAUCUCUGCUUUUCAGUCCACUCGCAGCAAGGAGCAGCCAAGUCUGGACACCACAAGCAGCCACACCAUGUUACCAUAUGUGCCUCUUCCAGGCGUGGAAGCUCCAUACAGCACCAGCGGCAACCAGAUGAGGCUGGAGCCUUCGUUUGCUGCCUUGGUACCAAAGUCUUGCUUGGUCACGGAGCCAGCUGUCAGCCAACUCCUGCUUUCAGCCUCCGAGCUCCAAGUCCCUGCAUUUGCCGAGCUCGAUGGGGUGACAGCAGCGUGCCCACGACCGCAGAGCAGCCCUCCAGAGCAGAAGGAGGCUGAACCAGAGAAGAGGCCAAAGAAAGUCUCGCAGAUUCGCAUCCGGAAAACCAUUCCUAAACCAGAUCCCAAUCUCACCCCCAUGGGCCUUCCUCGACCCAAAAGGCUAAAGAAGAAAGAGUUUAGUUUGGAAGAAAUAUAUACCAACAAGAAUUACAAGUCUCCUCCUGCCAACAGGUGUCUAGAGACCAUCUUUGAGGAACCCAAGGAACGAAAUGGUACGCUCAUCUCCAUCAGCCAACAGAAGAGGAAGCGGGUCCUAGAAUUUCAGGAUUUUACAGUCCCACGAAAGAGGCGAGCCCGAGGCAAAGUCAAGUUGGCGGGCAGCUUCACCCGGGCCCAGAAGGCAGCUCUGCAGAGUCGGGAGCUGGAUGCCCUUCUGAUACAGAAACUGAUGGAACUGGAGACCUUCUUUGCCAAGGAAGAGGAGCAGGAGCCGUCGGCAGGCUGUUGAGAAGCAGUUCGGUUUGGGAGUCUCCAUUUUAGAUGUUUUUAGACCGCCUCGGAAGGGGUUGCCUACUUUUGCCCUACCGCCCAAACCACUCAAGAUGCUCAGUCCGUGAGUUUUUACCUUUAAGGUGCAACCAUUUAGGAACUGGCGAAGGAGGGAAGGAGGAUCCUCUACUUCUACUGCUGAGAUCAGAACCUCAGGAAUGCUCCCUUUCUCCUGGAAACGGUCCUGUCCCGAAUGGCAUCUUGCCGUAUCCUCCAGCCUCUGCCAGCCACAGGAGGAAGAAGCUGCGUAUCUCAAGUAAACACUAGGAUUCCGAGGACUCCCCGUAUUUGCAUGUCCGUAUGAAAGUCCCGCUUUGUUUACGGUGGUGCUAAACCAAGAUUAUCUAGAAACGUGGCCCAGGGAGGGGGCCCCAGCGUCCUGUCCUGCGUCGUCUCCCCCAGCUCCUGGCAGCCAUAGAGGAAGGAUGAGCUGUUGUGUUUUCUAGUCCCUCGAGUGUGUCUGCCCACAACCUGUUUGCGUAAGUGUGUGUGCGUGUGUGUGCUCAUGUUGUAUGCGUGUGUGGCUUUUCCCCAUCAUUUUCUGCCCUCUGUGACUGUGGGUCACCAGUGCCAGAGGAGCCCGUCCAGGCCCCAUUCGGAGUAAGUUGCACUUUUUAAUGUUGUGAUGUUGAUUAUUUUCAUUUGUUUUAUUUCCUUUUAUUUUUUUGUAUUAUUAUUGCUGCAUGUUUGGAGCCUUUAAAUGUGAUUUUUUAAAAACAAUUUUCUAACGACAUUAAGGAGAAGGAAAAUACACGUGUCUUACACGGCAGGCAUUGGCCCCAGCUGACGGGUGCGUGGAACAGAUAUUUUCUCGUUUGUGUGUUCCCAGCAGUCCCCUCCCCAUCUCUUGCUUCUUGUAACUCAUGAGAGGGGCACCGUUUUCACGUGGGUUUCCUUCUUGCCCACUAGGUACAUGUGUUUAUUUUAGUGGUGGAAGAGCAGGUUUCUCUCCCAGUGAUUUUAAAGACUCCCAAGAUUGAGAUUGAGUGUGGUCCCAGUGGGUUUUAUCUGAAGUUGUAAAACACAACAAAGUUGAAUACAACGGCUUGGCUGCUGCUGAAGGCCGACCCAGAGAUUGGUAGCUGUCAGAGCGACCUGCUCCAAGAGCUGGGGUGGGGAGAGUCGGAGUAGUGGUUCAGACCCAGCGACCUGUUCUUGUGGCACAAUCGUGAAAGUCCACAUGUCCUGUGGGCUCCUGCGUCAGGCAUACUGGGAAUGCCAAAUGCCAGAGGCAGCCGAGUUUCCGGGUCUGGGCAGCGGGAAGCUGGGAGCCCAGCAGGCCUGGAGGCCUCAUUCCUUCCCCCUGAAUCCUGUGUGCCCUGGCCCUGCUGCCCCUCCUUUCCCUCCCCUCCCUCCCUCGUGGUUUUUCUUUCUCUCAAAACGAGAGUGCAGAGAAUUGACAUUCCUUGGCUGGUGAGUGGGCUGCUGAAGGCAGCCUCAGGACACUGGUCACCUCUUGCUGUCCUCUCGGAGCCACUGCCGUGAGGCAGCCUCCCAUGAGAACCAUGAGCUCCAGGGACGUUGCUGGGUCAGUCUGCUAGGGGAGAGCGAGUGGUGCCGUCCAGGAGCGUUGGCCGACUCUCCUAGGUUUCUUUGGCUUCCCCCAUUUGGUUGGGGUAGGGGAGGUGGAGGGAGGGAAUCGAGGGUGUCUAUGUGCCUUCCGCGGGUUUACAGUCUGUGCCACACUGGAGUAAAAAAAAAAAAAAAAAAAAAAAAAAAAAAAACUAAAAAACUGACAUGAGCCGGAUAGAAAGUGCCACAUCUGUCUUUGACGCCUGCUGCCUCAGACGUAGCAUUAGUCAAAGCGAAAGACAACAGCAUGCUCAUCUAAGGCUAGGGCCAGACAGGAUUGAAGGAGCCACAUUCCCGCACCGGCUCUGAAUGGUCCUGGUCUGAUUCCGCCCGUGCCUGUCUCCAGUGCCCUGGCUGUGUGGACAGGACGGGUCUCGCCUCAGCACCCCUUCCCUCCCCAGGACGGGGCUUCUCAGACACUAGAUGCUUCUUCCUUUUGUUUAAGGAAGUGGGAGGAGUUGUGUACUCUUAGGGAGCGUAAACCAGCCCUGUUGGCCAGCUCCCUUGCCAGUGUAGAUGAGGCGGUGGUGUCAUCCGGCCAGUGAAACGUGAGGUGGCAUAGCUGUGGAAUCACCAGCGUGACAGAGACGCAGCUUCAAGUUUGCCUGUCACAGGCGUGGCCCUGGACACAGCCUGGGGCAGUGAUUUGGAACGUUGGCAUCUAGGACUGCAGGAGAGAGACACCUGGGCUCCUUCCUUGUCCAGAAGGUGGUGGGGAGAAGCUGCUCUGAGGCCAGCCCUGCCUGUCCUUGAAUUCUUGGUCCGCACCCUGGCUGGGGUGCCUCCGCUGCUAGGAAGUUAAGGAGGCACCCCGCUCCAAACUCCCGUAACUUCCCUAAAGUUGAUCAUCGCCUUCUAGCCAGGCUUGGCCUGACCUGUCUUAUCCAGUUUUGCCACCGGCCUGGCCACCUGCAGCGCCGUCAGUUGUCCUCGGAGCCUGUGGUCGCUGAGCAUGGUGGGAAACACAGGUGAGCCGCUGGCGUGCCGCCCGCCCAGAGCCAGAGGAGUUCUGCACAGUUUGAGGAUGGGCUGGGAAGUGAGAGCUGGUUACAGCUCAGCUCCAGCUCACAUCUGCAGAUGGAGUUCUGAGUUCCCCGUCUGGGAAAGGGAGCAGAAGUCUCAGGUGCGCUCAGGGUUCUGCCCGUCAGCUUGUUGACUGAAGCUUUCCACUUUGCUUUCGUUUGCUUGUUUUGUGUCUUUCAGUGUCUAGCUUAUAUUAGCCUCCCCCGACUCCUUUGGGCCUCAUCUCCCGUUAGUUUGAAUGUACCUCAUCACCUGUUAGAGCAGAUUGUGUCCGCUUCGUCUUACUGACCUUGCCGCUGAGGGAGGUGCAGUGGGAAGACGGGUAGCGUUUGCCUUACUCGGAGCCGGGAGAGCUCAGAAACGUAUGCUGUGAAUCCCAAAACCCAGCGCUCCUCCAAGAGCUGUGAAAAUCAUGAUACCUUGUCACACUUUUGCCUGAAAGGGUCUUUUUGCCCGGGUGCCAGAGCCAACCUAACGUCAAUUCCAGAUCCCCCAGCCCAGCCCGGCUCUGGGCACGCUGCUCCGCCCGUGGCUCGUUCCCCACCCACCGGAGGCCUGCGGCGGCACGUCUGAGGCUGCAGGGCAGCCUCCAGCAGCACGCAGCUGGGGCUCUGUCUCCAGGCCGGGAGUCCGCCUCCCGACCAGCACCGUGUUUCUGAAGGUCCGUGGGAGGCCAGCUUUUAGGCAGCGAUACUUUCCUCCUGGGGGGAAUCGGGAAGUAUGCAGUUGGUGCUUUCUUUAAUUCCUUUGUUUGUGUACGCAUUUCCCCUGGUAUCAUGGAAAGGACCUCUCAGAUAACCACAUCGUGGGUGGCUGUAUCCAAAGUAUAAAUAAUUGGCCGGAGGUAUGGAGCACCCCUCCCUGAUUUCUCCUAAGGAGGGGCUCCUUGCCGGAGCUGAACGUCUGCAUGUGAGAAGCUGGCUCGGGGAGAGAGACUUAAUUCUCCCAGAAUCCUGGUCCCGUGUCUUCACCUGGCCACACACUGAGCAGCAAAAAGCGAUUUUGACUGUGAAGUGGGGAUCCCCAAGUGUGCAGCCUGCCGUCUGGCACUGCAGCCUUCACACCUGAAGCCUGUUAACUGUGUGUCUCCACAAGCCCCUCUCUGGUGCUGAAUUGGACCUGCAUUCUUGGUGAGAGGCCUCAGUGUCUCUCUCGGGCCAGCCUGGGCCAGUAAAUAGCUGCCUGACGUGUUCAUAUGAUCAUGGUCAAAAGUUCAGUGAAAUUUGUACAUUUUUGGUAACAUUGGCAUACAUGAUACCCCUGCAGUUCCUUUUCUUUUUGGUAGUUUGUGAUCCUAAAAUGCUCACUGUUAUGUGUGUUAAUUUAUGAAAAUAAAAAAACUUUUUUUUUUGAAAACCUUUCAAAUAA